ACUCUCUUCUCAGUUGCGUCUGUCGUAGCGUACAUUGUAAUGUGUGUGAUGUUCACGCGAGGGUCAGCAGCGGGGAAGAAGUUCGACGAGAAUGGCGACUUGUAUGCCGUAUCGUUUGUAAUGUGUUAGAAUUUUAAUAGAGUGUUACACAAGUUACGGAAUGCGACGACCAACACCGAGUAAAGCAGCAUCGAACAUGUUAACGAUGUGACAUUCGGAUGGUGGAGUGGAAGAUAUCUUACUGCCGUCGUAUCAUCUCAGACUCAGCAUCUUACAUACGGUACGUGUGCGUGAUCACGCUUUCAUCGAGCAUCUUGGAACGUCGUAUAUUUGAUCUCGCAUGAUCUUGCAUAUUUGGUAACGCACCGCUUACACGAUGUCCUAGUUUUUCUGAAUGAACAUUAUAUGUACGAGAUAAUAACGGUUUACGAUCGUGCAGCGAUAUAAUUUUUAGUACGAGCAAUAAUAUCUCUUGUUGGUCGUAUUAAUUCAAGGUAAAAAUGUCGUCUGAAUACAGUCGAAAUAUUUUGAAAAUGGUUGUUGCCUCAAUUUGCCAGACAGUUGGAUGGCAUUCAAUCAAUUCUACACCACUGGAGUUCAUGGUAGAUCUUAUGCAAGAAUAUCUAUUGCGUAUCUCAAAACUUACGCAUCAAUAUUCAGAAAUUUUGGGGAGAACAGAGCCAAAUCUUGAUGACUUAGGAUUAGCAUUUCAAUAUAUGAAUAUUGAUAUACCAGAAUUAGCUGAGUAUGUAAAAAAUGUAGACUCUGUUCAAUAUCCUGUACAAGUGCCACAAUAUCCAGUUCGGCGUGAGAAUCAUUUAAAUUUUUUAAAACCGGGUAGUCGCGAAGUUGUUACUAGACCAGUACAUGUACAUGAACAUUUACCAGCUAUGUAUCCAGAUACUGAAGAAGAAUAUAUAGUGGACAAGAAUGAAAGCUUAACUAAUGGCAUAACAGACCUUACACCCAGUAGUGGAACAUCAUCCAGCAAUUCAAACAACACUUCACCUCACAGGUUAUCACCACAAGGGAUUUUUAAGCGACCUGGGGACCCAAUAUCUUUCGAAAGUCCUAUAGUGAAGCGAGUGAAAGUUGUAGAGGAGGGAAGACCAUUGCGCGAAAUAAGUAGUGUUAUGAUGACGACUUCUGGGUUCUUGUCACCAGCGCGAGAAGGAAAAUUACCUGAGGCGAGAACGCCCCAUCAAGUACGAGCGGAUUCGCCACAACCGAGUUCCUAUCCAAUGGUGCCACCUGAAUUGAAAUGUGAGAAGAAACCGAAGAAGAUUGUGAAGAAAGGUCCAGAAGAUCGUAAACUCGAUAAAGAGAACAAGAAGAAAAAAGGUGCGAAGGAAUUAUUCAAGCCAGACAAGAUCGACGAUAGUAAGAUCAAGAAAUUAGUCGGCAUGAAGGAGCUAGCAAAGUUGAAGCCAUUGAAACCAGGUGGUGGCAAGACGCAAUCAGCCGCGCUUUCGCAAGAACUUUCGGGUAGCAGACCGUCCACACCGAAAAUUGCGUCGCCGAAGUCAGCCGGCAGCCCUAAGCCAUCGAAAGUCGUGCAACCGAAAAUUAAGGCGACUGAGAAGGUGAUAGAUCUAACGGAUAGUUCUCCACUUGUCGAGAAGAAAGAGGAUACCAUUGAUAAGCUGCCAUCAGAGCCGGACAAGCAGAAGUUGAACAUAUUCAAGAAGAUAUCAAAACCGCGUGAAGAGAAGGAUAAGGACAAGGAGACGGUGGAACCGCCGCAUAAGCACAAAGAUCUCAAUUCGCGUGAAUGCUCGCCGGCAUUGAUCAUCGAUGAGAAUACCGAGAAGCAACACGCGGUGCACCGUAACGACAUCGUGGACACGGCGAAACGUAACGAGGAGAAGAAAACACCGCACACACCGGACGUGCAUGUGCAACUGACUGAUGGGGAUUUGGUAGAUGUGCAGAGCCCAUCGUCGGACGUUUAUAUGUUUGACGACACCGACAUCUCGCCGCCGGGUACGCCCAGCAGCACGCCGAAAACUCCCGAAUUGAAUGUACCCACUGUUCUAGAACAGAAACGAAAGAAGAAGGAGAAAAGCGGCAAAAAGAAAGAGCCGAAGCUGAAGAGUCCGAAGCAAUGCGUCAGUCCGAAAAAAACGAAAAAUUCGAACGACGUUAUAGAAUCAGACGUCUUAGAUCGACCGAAAACACCGCAGGCACCAGAACCACCGUUACAAAAAGAGCCUAGUCUCCCGCCCACACUUCCCUUUCCUUUCUUCCCUGCAUUUCCCCCAGCACCUGGUUUAAUACCUCCUCCGAUGUUUCCGCGAUUCCCAUUACCUCUGGGCCGAGGUGGGCCAGGUCUUCACCCGGCGAUGCCCAAUUUAGCGAUACCACCGCGUUUUCCUAAUCCACCUGUAAAACAUGAAGACUUUCCGUUGUCCAAAAUUAAAUCUAUAGAGCGCGAAAAGCUGCUAAUCCCAUCAUCGCCUGUCGAAGUAAUGUCUCCAUCUAUUUUAAACGAGAAUGAAAAGGCGGACAAAGAGAAGGUGGAUAAUAAUAAGAUUACAAAAAUAUUUAAGCCAAACAAAGAGUCGCCUUUCAUGAAAGUACCUGAGAGAGUUAUUGCACCGCCUAUAGUGUCUGCACCUAUCGCACCACCAAUCAUGCUUUCUACACCAACAGUACCCGCCACGCAAAUGUUACCAUCGAAAAAUUCCAAAACUGAAAAAACCGAGAAGAAUGAUACGAUAAAUUCGAAAUCUAAAGAGCAUAAAAAGGAAAAGAAGGACAAAUUAAAGAAAAAGAAAGAUAAAAAAGAAAAACAUAAAGAUAAGGGCGAGAAAGUGAAAGAGAAGAAGGAGAAAGCUGAAAAACGCGAAAAACUAGAAAAGCUUAAAGAAAAGAAGGAGAAAAAAGAAAAAAAAAAGGAGAAGGAUGCAAAUAAAAAGAAUACGAAAGAAGAUAAGAAUCCAGAGGCUGUUCCAAAAAUUACGUUAAAAUUAGGCACGGCUUCUCCUAGACCAGCAACACCAGACAAUGCUCUUAUGAAGAAGAUAACAAUUAAACCUCUUGUGAAAAAACCUGAUGAAGAAGUCAAACGGGAACCUAGUCCAGAGUUGGCGAAAAUAUCGGCAUUGGUGACACGUCCACCAAAGCAAAAGUCGACAAGUAAGAAAACAGAGGAGGGAAUAUUAGAUGGAAGCCCUGCUCUUCCUACAGACUCUUUCUCUGCCAAUCUUACUAGCGUGCCACCUGCAUCAGCUCCUCGAACAAAGAAAUCUAUCUACCAAAAGGUGAAAGCAGAUCCAGUUCCUAAAAAGGAUGAUGCUAAAGAGGACAAAGAAAAUGGCAGGAAUAUGUUGCCUACAACACCAGCCACUACUGUGGAUCGAGUAGGACGUCAAGUAUGGAUAUGUCCAGCAUGCGGCAACCAGGAUGAUGGUUCGCCGAUGAUCGGCUGCGAUGAUUGUGAUGCAUGGUAUCAUUGGGUAUGUGUCGGGAUGCAGGUACCACCAGCUGAUGACGAGGAUUGGUAUUGUCGUUUUUGUAUAGCAAAGAAGCAGGAACUUCUUCACGAUAAGAAGAAGAAGAAGCGGAAGAAGAAGGUGAAAGUAACGGCCUAGUAUAAGCUAACCGGGUCUUGUGCAAGACCCGGUGUAAUUAUACCACCCACUACCAAAGUCAAAACGAAAGAUAACAAGAUUGGUAUCAAGAACGUAAAAACGAAGAAAAUGCCUAAAGGCGACGUUAAAAUACAAAUGAAAUCGUUGAAAGGAAAGCCAAUGGCGGCUAAAGGAAAGG